GUCGAGUACUUCGGGCCCAAGGCUGAACAAGCUAAUGUCGUAAAGUUGUGUGGAAAUUUCCUGAUUUGCUCAGCGAUUGGCGCUAUGACUGAGGCCUACAACUUGGGUGAGUCGUACGAUUUGCGUCGCGAGCAACUCCACAACCUCUUCUCUAGCACAAUUUUCGAUUGUCUCAUCUACAAUUAUGGCUCCGCACAGGAAAAGAUGAAUGAGGAUGACCUGGUGUUGAAGUGUAUGUGUAAGUAAGUACUUACGAAUGUAACAAAGUGGUAUAAUGUUGUGGAGUUUUUAGUCGUGGAAUUCGAAGCGAAGUACUCUUGAUGUUUCAGUAUCAGCUGAGAACCACAACUAUUUUGCUUAUUUUGUCCCUUGUUCUAAUGCAAAGGCUACGGCCACCGUGUGAGUGCGCACGACCACUUCCCGUAUCCUGAUGCGCACUUCGCUCUGGAACUGGGCCAUAAGGAUAUGCUGUUGGCCAAACAAGCCGCUGAAGGGCGAAAGAUCCGCAGAAAGCAAUGGCCUCUCGUAGAUGAAAAUGCCUCGCCCUCGCCAACUGCUCUUAAGGGUCUUCAUCUCAGAAGUCCGUCUUGCCGAACAUCUUGUUGUUCCCAAUUAUGUUUAAGGGAAAAUGGGGAUUAUUUAAGAUGUUCAUCAGGAUGGAUCUCGCCGAGAUCGGGAACUGGAUCUAAUAUUUUUGGUAGCCAACAAGCGGAACAGACUGACUUGGAAAUGCCGUUCCUAGAUGCUCUGGACAAGAAGUUCCAAAAAGCCAAAGCCCAAGGCGCUCUCAAGCAGCUGGACUGGAGCGCUAUUGCGCUAGUAUAAACAUGUUGAGUACGACGAUGAUGAGAUCCUGCUGCUUGUACGGUGAUCACGAACGGUCGCAACCGAGGCAUGUAGACAGAUAGGAUGAAAGAAAAAUAAGGGGAGGUGGAUGAGCAUGAGCUGGGUCUGGAUGGCGAGGGUAGCUCGGUGAUAGUCCACUACUAGAUGAAGAGGUCACUUACUUACUUACAUUGAUAGCAAGAAAUCGCGGCUGUGCUGUUAACAAUGAUAAGGUGAUAUAAAGGAAAAGGAUAACGAUGGAUAAUAUCGAUAUUUAUAGAUCAUCAUUAGCAGUAGAAUUUGAAUUUCUCCACUGGAUUAUCUUUAUCGGAGGAUACAGUGUAGUUUCAAUCGAUAUAACCAAGCCCCGCGUUUCAUAUUUGUAUCGUUUCUGUGCCAUCGUGGCUACACAUUUGACAAAACUUGAAUACUACAACACACAUAGAAAUUCGAAAAUUAUAUUCGACGCAAUCGGAAGAUGUACUUGACGCGCCACAUCAUCAUGUAGGGGAUUCACGAUAAGAUUUUUCAACAUAAAGAAUGAACUAGUACGCAAAUAUUUGAUGUUGAGGAUUUCCUGUACCUCCAUUAGCCGGAGGUGUACGCAAGGAGGGGCAAGACAGUCGUGAUGGAUAAUCCAAGAAGUUGAAGUUUGCUAGGAUAGAUGCUGGCUUCUCGUAGUGCAAAAACUGUACUUUUAUUCAUUGUUUCUGAGCUACCAUUGUCUUUCAGUGAAAAUGUAAAUGUAUAAUGCUUUGAUGGCGAACCAACGAUAUUAGAACCGACUCCUAGAAGAAUGAACGCGAUGAGUUUGUUUCCCU